CAACGAUUUCUCGAUUAGUAACAACAGUCGAUUGCUCUUCAUCAGAUUGAAAUAAUCGGCCUAAUUUCGCCUUUUAUUUUAAUCGAUUAUCAUCAUCCCCGUAGAAUCUGCAACUCUUUAGGUUUUCAUGCUAAGAUUUUCGCCGAGGAGCUGAUGUUUCUGCGGAGACGACUGUUAAACGAAGAGAUGAUAUUUUUUCCAGCCUAUAUUUUGGUAUGAUGAAUCUGCAGGAGUUCUGCAAGCAAAUAAUUAGAUUUCAGUCCCAAAAACCCAAAGCCCAAAUACGAUGGAACUGAUUUUCCUUUGUAUACACCGAGACAGAAGUAGGUUUGAGUAUGGCUCCAAAGAAACAUCUCGUACAGUAGCUUGGGGGAGUAAAGUUUUGGAAUUUGGAAGCUUAUUGGAUGCAAAGGAAUAUUUUUUACACAUUUACUUUUGAACAUUCGUGAAGAUUAUCACAUCCUCCACGGUUUCUUAUCAACAACACACAGGAAAACGGAAUCCAUCUGUCCCUACUGAAUCAAAACCACAUUCUUAUGGAUGCCUUAAAGCAUUUUUUUCUUUAAAAAACCUGCUUUUGUGACCACUCAUUCACAUCAACACGUGGACAGAGUCUGCAGAUGGGCUAAUUAUUCAUGGAACAUCUCUCAACUCCACUUUCACUUUGCACCUUAUGGUGAGUAUUACAGGAAGCUUAUCCAAAGGUAAAUUCACUCUCUUUCUAAUCAUUAGAUUAGUGAGCUUUUUUUUUUAUUCUUUCAGAAUCCCUCUCUCCUGGAUUCCUCAUUAUUAGAUGUUUAUUCCUCCAGUUAAUUGUUGGUUCAUUUGCCUAACUCUUUGAAUUUGAAACAUUUUUGCUUAUUUUAAUUUCAUCUAGUACCUUGACAAUGAUAUCUGAUGUGUUUCAAUUAUCUAUUCGUCAUACUUGCUUAGAAAUAUCUAUGCUACCACUACCCUAGCCAUAUACAGAAUCUUUUUGGGGAGUUUAAUAGAAUAGACAAAUGUGGACUGUCUUCACUUAUUAUUGACUGUGAGCUGUCUUCACUUAUCAUUGACUGUGGGUUAGGCAGGUUUACCUCUUAGAGUUUUUUUCAUAUCUGCACUGCCCAUCAAUUGCUAGGGAUAAUUCUGUGCUGGUUUUGAAGAUCAACAAGCUUUUUCGUGGAGCCAUACAUAUAACCACUCUUAUUUAUUUCAGUCUCGACGUUGUAUUUUACAUUCACAUGAAUGUGCAUAAGCUGCAACACAUUUAAGUUUACCAAAUGGUACUAAUAGUGCCAGUGGAUACUGACAAAUCUUUUGAAGGCUUGCUGUUAAAUGAUUGCAAUAAGAGUAAGAAUACUAUGUUUUUGCUUAAUUUAGCAAGGGAAUUAGGCGACGCAACUAAGAAAUUGUGAUAUUUUCAUUGAUCCCUUGGAAGUGGCACACAAGGUAUAAUAAUUUUGUGGAAAAAGUUAUAAAAAGUCAUAUCAGCUAAAAGUUGUAUCCCAAUUAUUAACAAACACCUGAGUAACAAAAGUUUGAUGUGGAUAAAAACUCCUUGUGACACAACACACAAGCGUCUGAAUAUGAGCGACUUGAGGUUUUUUUCUCUAGUUUCUCUUAAGGCAUCCACUAUGAUUUGAUUGUUGAGCAGAAUGAUCGCUCUAGCAUAUAAUUCACUAGUAGCACACUUAAUAUGCUGAAAUGUCCUUAUAUAGUUAUCCUUAACACCUUGUUAUUUUUGGUCUUGUCUUGGCUGCCUCAAAGCAUCAUUUAGUACAGUUGGAUACAUUGAUCUUUUUCCUGCCAAAACAACUAUUAGUUGAAUUCACCAAUUAUAUGUAAUUAGUUCUAUGCAAGAAAGACAUGAACUUGAUACUAAUCCAGUGAGUUUAGAACAGUGUUGUUAGGGUCGCGGGGCGCCCCGGGGCAAUGAGGGGGGACCCCGGGUCGCGGGGCGAUGGGGCGACGGGACGAGGGACCCACGAAUCGGGGCGCCAGAAUAGCCGAAUGAUGAUUAUAUUUGUCUCUUUUAUAAGUUUGUUACUUGAAUAUUUAUCACAUCAAAUAAAUCUACAUACAUCAUUACUCCAUAUUAAAAAAAAGAUUAGACGAAAAAUAUAAAUUUUUAAACAACAUAACAUAACUAAAUAACUGAAUUUUAUUAUAAAAAAUCAUCAAAGUUCUAAAAAAAGUUGCAAAACAUAAAAUAAUUAACUAAAUAAUAUCAUCAUCACUCAUAGGUAAGUCCUCUUCUCCUUCAUCGGAUACAACCAAGUUAAUAUCUUCACUGUCAUCUUCAUUAUCCACAAGAGUAUAAGAACGCAUAGAGCUUGAGGCUUGUUCUCUUGUGCUUGUGCUACCUCUAGUAUGGUACACUGUUUCCGACGCUCCAGAAGCUCUACCAACAUCCGUCCAACGAAGAUCAUCAUCAUCAAACACCAAAUCAUCAAAAUCAUUAUCCUCAUCCUGCAUCCUACCAAGUAACCAUUCGUUACUUUCAUCAAUAUCACUCAAUAGAGAGAUUAAUGCUGAAUUUUUCUUCGAAUGUGGUGUGGGUGUUGUGUGGUAUCAUUGGGAUUUUGGAGGGGGAGCAAGAAGGGACCAGGAUAUGGAAACUUUUUAACUCUGAAGGGACACAUACUGCUAGAAUCUGCUGGUAUGACAAAAACCUCAGCUGUAAGAAUAUUGUGUGUGCAUGUCUUUGUAUGUGUCUCACUCGCACAGUUUCUUCGUUUCUAAGUCUGACACACCUACUUUGAUAUUUUGGGGGCGUUCACUUUCGCUGAUAGGAUUUGAUGAGAAAAAUAUAAGUUAAGCUGCCAUUUACUUUGAUAGAUUGAUUAAUUCCAAACUUUUUUGAUCAUCUAAUCUUUCAAAUAGUCCAGUCAAUAAAUACUAGUAAUAUAAGUAUAACUAAUUAAGUUUUCUUAUUAAUAUUAUUCCAGAUUAAAUUGCUAAAAUAUAAAAUUAUCCGAUAUGGAAACUAUAGCUUAUGUAUCUUAUAUAGUAUGUAUGUGGUUUGUUUAUGAAAAAAAUAGUCAUUAUUGACCUCAGUGUCCCCAUAUCCAUGCCAUAGGGUAGCUCUUCAUUAAAUUAUGUCUCACUAUUUAACAUGUAAAAAUUGUACUUUUUCUUUAACACGUUCAAGCCAUGUUUCCUGAACUUGUUAAGUAAAUAUGUUUCCAAAUCGCUUAGAGUGAUGGUGUAUUUUGCAUAUUUUUUCAAUAUAAUUUCAAAUGUUUUUUGGACAUCUCAAAACAACUGCAAGAUGUUACACAGUUUUGAAACCAAGAUAACCCACACACUAAAACUACACAUGGAAAUGGGGGGACCUUCCUUGGAUCUUUUUCUCCAUUUAUGCAUCAAUUUUUUCACCUAUAUAUGACGCAUGCAACCAUAUGCUCUUUUCCUAUUGAAUCCAGAAAUACAAUCUUUUUUUUUUAUCUUUCACUUGCUUCUUGCUGUUUCUUUUUCAUUACAAUGGAGGGUAAUCAACUGCCAUGCCAAGCUUCCUACAUGAGAAAUGCUCUAUUCAGUCAGGGAUAUCUCGAUGAUCAGUUCCUUCAAUUGGAAGAUUUGCAAGAUGAAGCUAAUCCUAACUUUGUGGAAGAAGUGGUCAAGCUAUUUUACUCAGACUCAGCCCGCCUUAUUCAGAACAUAGAACUGACACUAGAAAAUACUCCCUGGGACUUCGAGAAACUGGAUAAUAUCAUGCAUCAGUAUAAGGGUAGCAGCUCUAGCAUUGGUACCAAAAAAGUCCAGAAGGAAUGCACACAAUUUCAAGAAUACUGCAAAGUUGAGAACAUUGAUGGGUGCAUGAGAACAUUCCAAGAGGUAAAACAAGAGCAUGCAUCUCUGAAGAGGAAGCUUGAGAACUAUUUUCAGCUUGUAAGAGAAGCUCGAUAACUCGCUGGAGGAACGACAUUGCGAAGAUGAUGAUGCCUAAUAGUGAAUGACUGUUACUACUUGUAGAAUGGAAAACUUUUGACUAAAUAAGAGAAUGUUGCUUUCUGUAGAAUGAAAUAACUUUUGACCAGUCGAAUACGGAUGAUCAGUUUCCGUA